AUCAUCUUGAAAAUUUCUCAGUUUAGUACCUUUAUAAGUAAUACUAGUGCGGUUACAUACGGGAAUAUUUUAAGAGUCAAUACCAAUUCUCAAACUAAGCAGAUCAUCUACCAUAGCAAUCAGAAUGGAUGAUGGCAGUCCCGUUAAUAUUCGGAGCUUACACUGCUUUGUUUUUCCAGCAUUCGACAUUGGCCAGUGUUGCAACAGUUAUGCCAGUUAUGCAUUCGGCAAACAAUAUGCCCGAAGGCCAUUGAAACGUUCUAAGUCAGAAGACAUAAUUAUACCAAGAGUGAAAAUACGUAAAGAUUUGUUAGAAAAUCAAAGGAAUAUUGAAGAGAGGAUUGCACAUUUAGAAAACUUGGAAAAGACCGCAUCCGCCAGAAACGACGUUUACGUGGAAUCAGAGGCAUCACAGUUUUUGUCAUACAGCUAUCUACAGAAGCGCGCAAAUGACAUUCUUACGUGGUGUCAAAAAGAGAUGAAUGCAAACAACGACAAUGAAUUAUGUCCUGAUAAGAUAUUAGUUGCCGCUAAGAGACCACACAGCGCUGUCCUCCAGAAGUUCAAAGCCCUAGAGCAGGUCGAAGAUUUUAAAUCCAACAUUGCUGUCUUUAUUGGGUCUGAUGAUGACUUAUUUGUUGAUUUUAGUUGUGAGCAUUUGCAAAGUGCAAUUAUUUGCAGAAUUCAGCCAACAGAUCGAACUAGCAGUGAUGAAAGAGAUAUCAAAAGAGAAACAUGGGGCUACUUGUGCCAAGCAAGCAAUUUGACGAAUGACAACAUCACAGCACAUAUCGAUAAUGUGCUUGAACGGGUUGUCCUAGAAAAACUUGCAAGAGCGGCAAAGGCACUACCCAAACAAAGAAAGAGUACGGAGGGAAUAAUAACCGAAGUUAAGAAGCUUUUUACUGUUACCAAAGUCCAAAUGCCGAAUUGGCUGAAGGAAUGGGAGCCGGACAGUGAAAGCGUAGCUGCCCGCAAUAAGCUUGAACAGAUUUCAGCGAAAGUUUUGUCUUUCCCUGAGGUUUUUGCCUGUGAUGUCUCAAACGAAUGCAUAACGGUCAUGAUUCGAAGAGAAAAUGCAUCACAAAUAGGAGACUUGAGGAAAAAGCUGAAUGUUUUCGGAUUAUUAAACGAAGAGUUCAACAUCCACGUUGCGGAGAUUAAACAAUUGGCAGAUGACAAAUUUAGGAGCGGGGACAGAAUACAGGUUCGUGGCUCAAAAAAAGGUGGGACACUUGGAUGUUUUGCAAAAUUAAAGAAGGAGACAGAUGAUCAGCCAAAAACCGUUGUUAUUACUGCUAGACACGUUGUCAAUGUCAAUGAUACGGAUAGUAAAGAACUCGAAGUCAACCAGGAAACACUCGGGAAAGUCAUGGAAAAUAAAGAAGAAGCUGAUGAGCGUGUUCUUGAUAUUGAAAUCGGAGAAGUAACAGCACCUCAAUCAAAAUGCGAUACGUACUUUCGUCGCGAAAAUGGAGAUAAGGGUUUUGCUGAGCUAUACGAACCUAGUCCUUCCGAACUUGUGAACCAACGAGUUCAUUUAUGGGGCGCGCGUACAUCUCCUGGGGCAGCAAAAUUAUCAAAUUUCAAGUUGUCGGCCUCAGAUGCUGGUGAAUACAUGUUCAUUGCAAUGUCGAACGACAAAAAUGUAUUGGCAAAAGAAGGAGAUAGUGGAGCGAUGGUACUGAUGGAACGCUAUCCAAAAGAUUCACCCAACAUGUAUGCUAUAGGUACGCUAGUGGGUGAAGUACACCACUAUCCAAUCGAUGACCGACCAACCGAAACAGGGAAGGAGAAAGUGCCUGAAAGUGAACAACCAAGCUCGUCAUUACUGGAAGGUCCGGAAGUAAAAGCCAGACCUAUGCAGGCGAUUGCAAACGAGAAAUUGUAUGCCGUCGUUCCUAUCAAAAAGGGAUUCGAUCAACUUUCCAAGAAGCAUCGUGGCAGUUUAACGCUUUUUACAAGCUCGGAUCAGCAAUAACUCCUCAAUUUGCGACAUAUUCCACUGAAUCUUUGAGAACGAACAUUUUUGUGAAAUAAAACAAAUUGAUUGAGGUGGUUGACUUCUACAAAUAUUACAAGAGACCAAUCAUGUUAACAGUGUUUUCUCAAAAAAGUCGAUCUAGUAUUCACGACUAGGUAGUUUAGUAUUACAUGUUUGACCAAAUUUUGUGUGAGUAAACGCGUUAAUAAGAAUUCUUUUUUAUUAAAAACUUUUUUACUGAUAUUAUUUUGUGCAUUGUUAGUCUAUACCAUUUAUGUUUUGAGUGUGCAUAUUUAAUGCUAAUCGGGUUAUCUUCAAUGUUGUUGUUUGCAUUCCAUGAACGUGGCUUUCUAAAGGCAGGUCAUUGUUUCUCGUACAUAAUGCAUUUAAAAUGUAUACAUAUAUAUUUCUAACAGUUUCCUUUUUUCAUCAUCAGCAAAUAAAAUGUCACAAGCAUAUCGAACCAAUUUACUUUAAUAUCUUUCCUGUAUACGCUCUAAAUUUUCACACUUAGAUUAAAAGGGGAAAUGUUUUAUGAAUCGGAAAAGUAGAAAUACUCGAACAGUGGAUUUAUAAAUGUAUGCAAGUCCUAAAUCUUAUUUUGUCUAACAUGUAUUAGCUAGUAUGUUACCGCACACGUACAUAUUAUUUUUAGUUGUCACAAUUGUGCACUUUUUGCCUCAUGGGUCUGGUAUUUUAUAGACAAAACUUGAAACUAAUAAACAUACCAAAA